CUUCUCUGAAAGCUAGUUGUGUCAUCCUUUAAAGCUUCCAGGUUGUGUGGAUUAGAGAUGCUGACAGCACACUUCUGGGCUUCCAAUCUUCAGGUUAUCCUUCUUGGCCCAAUCCUGAUGGCCAUAGGCCUGGCCACUAUGGAGAGCCCAGAAGUGCUGCAUGAACUUGAGAAGGAGCCAGCCUACUGGGAUGCACAAGCAAGGGCAACACUGGAUGCUGCACUGAGACUCCGUCCUCUAGAGCACCGGGCGAAGAACAUCAUCCUGUUUCUUGGUGAUGGAAUGGGUAUUUCCACAGUGUCGGCAGCUCGAAUCCUGAGAGGUCAGCUGGAGGGUGGAUCUGGGGAAGAACAUAUGCUGGCCAUGGACACCUUCCCAUAUGUUGCUCUGUCUAAGACCUACAGCGUGGAUAAGCAGGUAGCAGACAGCGCUAGCACGGCAACAGCCUACCACUGCGGAGUGAAGGCCAAUGCCAAGACAGUAGGACUUAGUGCUAAAGCAGUAGCCUACGAAUGUAAUACCACCUUUGGCAAUGAGGUGUUCUCAGUGCUGCGGCGUGCUAAAACACAAGGGAAAUCCGUUGGUAUAGUGACCACCACCCGUGUCCAGCACGCCUCCCCAGCUGCUGCUUAUGCCCACUCUGUCAGUCGGAGCUGGUACAGUGAUGCAUCUCUUCCUUCCAGCGCCCGCCAUCAGGGUUGUGUCGAUAUUGCCACCCAACUGGUUACCAAUUUUGACAUUGACGUGAUCCUGGGAGGAGGCAGGAUGUACAUGACACCAAAAGGCACUCCAGAUCCUGAGUAUCCUACCUCCAACUCCCGCAAGGGAGACCGCAAAGACAAGAAAAACCUCAUUGAUGUGUGGCUGAAAGCAAAACCAAAAAAGAAAUCGCACUAUGUUUGGAACAGGACGCAGUUUGAUGAAAUUAAUGUGAAAACUACUGACCGUCUUAUGGGUCUUUUUGAGCCCAAGGACAUGAGAUUUGAGGUUUUCAGGAAUGAGACCCGUGACCCAUCCAUCGUGGAGAUGACAGAAAAGGCCAUUCAAAUCCUCAGAAAGAAUCCAAAAGGAUUUUUCCUGUUUGUAGAAGGAGGGAGAAUUGAUCACGGCCACCAUGAUGGCAUUGCCAGACUGGCCUUGACAGAAACCAUGAUGUUUGACAGGGCCAUUCAGCGAGCUACACGACUCACCAGAGAAUAUGACACACUGACGGUGGUAACUGCCGACCACUCUCACGUUUUCACCUUCGGUGGUAACACGCCUCGAGGAAAUCCCAUCUUUGGUCUGGCUCCAAAGAAAGCCGAUGACAAAAUGCCUUUUACCAGUAUCCUUUACGCCAACGGCCCUGGUUAUGUACAUGUAAAUGGAACCAGAGCAAACAUCACCACGAUAGAUUACUAUGACGAGGAGUACAUGCAGCAAGCUGCUGUCCCCUUGGAUGCUGAGACGCAUGGAGGAGAGGAUGUGGCCAUCUAUGCCAAAGGCCCGAUGGCUCAUCUGUUUCAUGGGGUUAAAGAGCAAAACUACGUGGCACACGUCAUGGCCUUUGCAGCCUGUUUGGAGCCGUACACGAACUGCCCCCCUCACCCUCACAGCCAUUCAUCAACCGCGUGUCUAACCAGACAUCUGGGCCUCCUUUUUGGCAUGCUUGUCCUCCUGUGGUUGCUCAGAUGACAGAUGACUCACAUUUAAACAAUCGCUUUGUAUGCAUGAUCUACCCAGACUGUGCACUAAAUACAUGAGCACUCAGGACUGACUGCACAAGAUGGCAGAUCGGAGUGCAGGGAUAAACAGUACUGUAUUUUUAAACAAAAAAUUACAACCUGAUGUCACCUGAUAUUUAACCACACUCACUGGUAUCCUACUAUUUGCCUAAAAUGCAAACUUAAGCAAGUAUGUGUUAACUCCUCUCAGGUGCAUUGUCUGAAAAAGACAAGGAAUGAUAGCUAGUACUGUAUAAAGUACUAUGUACUGUAUAAAGAUUAACAGCUGUUUUUGUGCAAGCAGUCCUGAGACACCUUGAUUUUGUUUCCAUUGCAGAGUGAACAACACUUCCAGUAUUUUAAUCAAAAAGUGUAUAAUGUCAACAAUCAGUUUGGUUACAUGCACGUCUAAAUUGAGCUAUUGGCAAUAAUUGAGCUAAGGAUUUAACCAGAGAAAUCAGAGUAUACAUACGUGGGAAGAGAAUCAGGUUCUUAAGUGAGGUGCUUAAGUGGCGCUAUACAGCCUUUCACAUUCCUCUGGCAUUCUUCCGGUUAGUUAGCGCGGCAAAUUUGAAGCAGAUGUAGAACGAGGACAACAACACAAGAAGAUAUGGACGGCAACAAUCCAUCAUCUCUAUACAUUUCGUACAUACUAAGCCUGAUUGUGUUGCCCGUAAGAUGCACGCAAAGUCUUCCUCUUCUUCUUCUGCUACUGUGUUGUUGUCAUGCCAUGACUGUUGUUAUUCCCGCUUCCGCGCUCUCUGCACUUCUGGAAGGGGGAGUCCCAGGCCAGUCAAUAGCUGGGCUAACCGUGGUUUGCAUAUACAUGCCGGAAUAGCUCAAUUUAGAACCGUAUUAUUUGGCAUUAAAAGCUCAAUUUCAACAACUCCAGUUCAGUUCGACUAAAGUCCGAUUAAGGUGUAUACAUGGCUUUUAAAACUUCGAUAUCAGUCGGACUAAGACAAUAAUUCGACUUUCUCUUAGUCCAUGUAAAUGUACUGAAUGUUACCAACUUGUAUUAACAUAGCAUUUCCUGAUUUAGCAAAGAUCCCAACCUCCCAAUUUUUCUCCUUUUUUCACAGUUCGCCCCUUUGCUAGAUGUCAAACAUUUACAUUUUCCUGGUUUUUGUUAUGUACAUAUUAGUUGUGUAUGUUACCUAGAAUAACUUGAAGUUAACAAGCAGCUUGAGGGCUCACUGGCAAGACACACAGGUGUACGUGAUGCCACUCAGCAACAUUCAAAGAUCCUUUCAUAAGCUCAUGAAGAGCUUGUCAGGCUUUCAGGAGUUGAAAACAAGUGUAAAUGUACUUGUGCAUCAUUGGUACCUAAUCAUACAUGUUUUCUAUGUAAAUGUUACACAAUAUUUGUAAUUGGUUUUGAAGGUAGAUGAAUGUAUUUUGCAAGUAAAAUGUAGAUGUAUUUUUUAUACAGAUUUUUCUGCGAAUGUA